AUGGCGUCUUGUUUGGCUUCUGCGUCUUCCAAAUUCAAAUACGACGUCUUCUUAACUCUGAGAGAUCCCAAGGGUUGUAUGAAAGGCUAUGUUGAGAAUAAAUUGAGAGUUGCUGGAACCAGAGUUUUCGUUGACGAUGAAGAAGAAGCGUUUUCUGUACAAGAGGCCGAAGCCGCAUUAGGAUCACGGAUCGUUGUUGUUUUAUUCACGCCGGAGUUUCUUGAGUCGGAGAAGUGUCUCAAGAGACUGGUGAUCAGAACUAUGUGGUGGAAUAACAACCUAGUGCCUGCAUUCUGCGGAGUGAGCCGGCAGCAAGUACAUGAGAAGAUGCUGUCUUUGUCUUCCAGAUUUGAUUUCACCGAAGUUGCUUCCCGACCUGGCUUCAAACUCUCCAUUGACUCCAGGAAUGAAAUCAGUAGCCGCAUCUCAAACUUAGGUUUUUCCAUCUUGCACGAUGAAUCAUUUCAUGAUCUUCCAUGCCAUCAAAUAGGGUUACCACUUCGUGUGAGAGAAUUGCUUACUUUUUUGGGGUUGAAAUUCAUUUUAUCGGAUGAUACAACCAUAGUUGGAAUGUGGGGAGAUGGAGGUAUUGGUAAAACAACGAUUGCCAAAGCUAUUUAUGAUAGAAUUGGCAGCAAUUUUGAGGGUAAAAGUUUCCUUUCAAAUAUUAAGGAUGUAUGGAAGAAAGGAAACGGUGAAAUUCUCCUAAAAAAUCAACUUAUUUCAUAUAUUUCUGAAACUAAACUUCAUGAGACAAAUGAUGCUGUGAUGCAUGAAUUAAUGAUGCAAGAACUCUGUGGAAGAAGAGUCUUCGUAGUACUUGAUGAUAUAAAUUGUGAAUCUCAACUCAAGGAAUUGUGCGGAAAUGUGAAGUGGUGUGGUAAAGGGAGCUUGAUAUUCAUUACAGCAAGAAAUAAGGCUGUCUUAGAUGCCUCUGUUGACAUAUCAUAUGAAAUGAAAAGGUUAAACAGAAACGAGUCUCUUGAACUUUUUUGCUUGCAUGCAUUUAAGCAAUUUACUCCAACAAAUGAUUUUGAGGAGUUUUCAAAGCGAGUCAUUCAAUACUGUGAAGGACUACCCUUGGCUCUUGAAGUCUUUGGCUCUCUUUUGCAUAAUAGGACAAAAAAAAGAGUGGGAAAAAGUGAUGAAUGA